UGCCUUACUCCGAGAAGGCAAGUGGGGGUCUUUGCACAGGAGCUGCCUGUCCGGGCUCCUUCUGCAAAAGGGCUGCCUUUGCAGUCCGCCUUGCGACCCAGGGGAACCGCGCAGGCGGAGCGCGUCGCCCUCGUGCCGCUGACCCUGAGCCGGCCUCUAAGACUGGCACGAGGGGAUGGCGCGAUGCCUUGAGCCGCCCCCGAGAGGGAGGCGGGGCGGGCCAGCGCAGCAUAUGAGCAGCUGCCUGGGAACAGCCGCCCUCCGGCCCCGCGAAGACAGAUGGGGCGAGCGCCAGAGUCAGCUCCAGCUGUCUGCGCGGCGCCCUCCUCCUCCUCCUCUCUCCCCUCGCGCGCCCUCGUCUAUCUCCGCCUGGUCUCGGCGAGGGAACCCAUGGCGUCCAGCGAGGAGGACGGCUCGGUGGAAGAGAAGGAAACCAAAAAGAAGGCGCCCCGGCGUCGCGGCGCGGUGGCCACAGCCUGGCUCAUCUUCUACAACAUCGCAAUGACCGCGGGGUGGCUGGUGCUGGCCAUGGCUAUGGCCCGUUUUUACCUAGAGAAUGGAACACACAAAGGCUUAUACAAAAGCAUUCAAAAGAUACUUAAAUUUUUCCAGACUUUUGCUCUGCUUGAGAUAAUCCACUGUGCAGUUGGAUUAGUGCACACCUCUGUGCUUGUGACUUGGGUCCAAGUGAGUUCCAGAAUCUUCAUGGUGUGGUUCAUUACGCAUAGUAUAAAACAGAUCCAGAACGAGGAAAGCGUUAUUCUUUUUCUGGUUGUUUGGACUGUGACAGAGAUCACCCGAUAUUCCUUCUACACAUUCAAUAUGCUCAACCACUUGCCAUACUUCAUAAAAUGGGCCAGGUACAAUUUUUUCAUCAUUUUAUAUCCUGUGGGAGUUGUUGGUGAGCUUCUAACUAUUUAUGCAGCCUUACCUUAUGUGAAGAGAUCAGGCAUGUUUUCAGUGAGGCUUCCCAAUAAGUAUAAUGUCUCUUUCGACUAUUACUACUUCCUGCUCAUCAUCAUGGCCUCCUAUGUACCAUUGUUUCCACAAUUGUACUUCCACAUGCUACGUCAGAGAAGAAAAGUGCUUCAUGGUGAAGUGAUUGUAGAAAAGGACGAUUAAAGCAACCUUGUAAAGCUAGUGGAGUUUUUUUUCAGAGUAACAAACCAAAUCUAUAUUGUGUUGCACGAGUCCAAGUUUGAAAUCAUGGAACAAGACUAACUAGUGCACAAAACAGAUUGAGAUUAUACUAUUUUGUAAGAGUAAUAUUUUCAGAGUUCACUUUUCAACUUUGAGGUUUCCCUCCCUCUGUUUGGUUUCUAGUAUAAAAAAACUGCAAAAUAUUGCAGUUGCAUGGGCUGUUUAAACAGUUUCCAAUUGUAUUUUUAGUAGGGCAUUGACUGUACUGGGACAGUUACUAUUCUAAACAUUAUAAGUCAUAAGGUUAGGAGUGUCCCAGCCUAGAACCAGAGAAGCCCAUGCAUACCCUCAUAGCAUUUAUAUCCAUAUUUGAAAAAAGAGAUUUACCACUCCCUUACAGAUGUUGAUCCUUGUACAUUGCACCAGGUGUAUUUGUCAGGAGGCACUGGGCAAUUAUUGCUGUUCUCAUUUGCCUACUUACAGCAAGAGAACUCCCAAGUGGUUGCAGACCUUGCCUGCCAAUACAAGCAACCUAGACAGCUGAUCAGCUGGUGAAGGGGGCAUGAUUGUCCUAGGGAGAAAAAUUGAGAAGAAAAAUAAGGUGUUGCCUGCUUACUGGAAGUUCUGACUAGGCUUGGAGAUUCGCGUGCACCGAAUCCUGGAUUUGGCUUGAAUCUGGGUGCAUUCGGGCAUAUUCAGGCCAAAAUCGGCCGAAUAUACCCUGCCCAAAUAUGAAUGAAUCCGAAUUCAAGUUUCCUUUGCCAUGGAAGGAUUAGUUAACAACCUGUUCUUACACCCUGUCUGUUUAACAUUUAAAAGGGAUCCCUCCCCCAAAAUCUCAUCACUAGUUCCAUAUGCUCAAGGCAGCUUUGUACUGCCACACUGCAAACUGCAAACCAAAUUGAUGUCCUGUUGUUCAAAGGAAGAUGUCAAAAAUUGUUCAACAAAUUCAGAUCAUCGGGUAUGCAUAGUGCAAGUCUGGAUUGCAGCCACUGUACAUUAAAGAAAUCUCAAACACUGCUGAAUCAAACACAUGUAGGCAAAGAUAAGGACUUGAAUGAGAUCUCUGGUUUUCUCCUCCAUCUACCACCUGCUCCCAUGCCUGAAAUUUGGCUUCAGAGUUUUGAGAAAUCCCUCUAGACCAGGCUUUGAAGGAGGGAGUUUAUAGAUGGAGAGCAGAAUUAGUGACCCUUCUCUUGGCAAGAAUAGAAGAGCUUUCUACAGCAGGAUCUUUCGAUCCAAGCUUCGAUGUGGGGACUAGAACUGGUUGUGAAUCUUUCUUCAAAUGUAUUUGAUUUUUGUCAAAUCCUCCAAAGUUUAUAUAUUUACAGGAAUGUAACUGAAAAAAAUCAUUAAAGGUGCACUUGUUACUUUAACAGUUUUUUCUGGCAAUAUAACAACUUUAUUUUGUGAGGAAGGUUUUCCUACAAUAAAGUGAUCAAAGGUGCUCUAACCAUUAUUUCAUGCUGCGUAAAUUUGAAGUACUUUGAUAUAUAGUAAGUAAUCUACAAAGUUGCUCAGCUUUAAUUUAUAUACUUACAUACAAACUCAUGUUUAGAUUACAAGUUUUUAAAUUGCAUUAAUGCUGUUUUGCAAUCCUUGCUUAAUUUUAACUUUCUUUUUAGAAAUUUAAAUGAUUUCUUACAAAAUAUUUUGGCAGCUUUUGUUACCUGUUUCAUAAUGACAGAGAACUAAAUGGAAAGAUCUAUUUGUGCCUGGUGAAUAGAGUUGCCUUUUCCCCUAGCAUUUCCCCUAGCAAAUUUAUUAUGUGCCUCAUCAUUUUGCUGAACUAAUUUGGACAUGCUGCAACUGUGCUCUGAACACAAAUAUUUGGUGGUUCUCAUGUAUGCUGUUCUUUAACUUGAGGAUGUUGUCGUAAAGUAAACAAGAAAAUAUUAUAGGUAUUCUUUUUUACCAUUUUGUACAUCCAGUAUUAAACAAUACCACAUCUUGCACUCAGGACUUCUGAUUUUGCACAGAAUUCUGAUAUUUCUGAGUGUAUUUUAAGAAUGAAAUGUUUAAGAUGAUUUAUACACAUACUGUGCCAAAAAUGCACUUUGAAUAAAUUAUUUACUCAUAGCCAA